GACCCCACAAUACUCUCCCUAAAAAAUCACUCUUCAAACCCUCUUUUUCCUCUAUUCUCACCCUUUAAAAACAGAACAUACACCUACUCUCAAUCCUCCUUAAAAAUCUCUUUAUUUCCCCUCCAAAAAAAACCUCAAAAAAUCCUACCCUAAUCUACCCUAUUAAUUCUCUCAUAAACACACCAAAAAAAUGCCAUUAAAACUCAAAAACAUGAAAGGCAUAGAUUUCUCUUGUGCUUCACCAUCUUCAACAGCAAUUUGUUCAAGCACAAACCAACAUUUUAUGGUCAAAAACACCACAAAAUCCCUUAACCGUUUAAACUCCUACGUAAAUGACCAUUACAAAACUUUCACUAAUAACAUGUACAACAAUAAAACUCACCAUUCUUCUUCUCCUAGAGCUCCUUGCAUCUCUGAACUCCCAUUUACUCCUAGACUUUCGUCUUCGUACCGCGAAAAACCUCGUAAAAAACCAUCAUCCUCCAUUGUUAAACACAGUGAUGUGGGAGUGGGACUUACUCCUAGAAGAAAUAGCUCGGCCGACGUCGCCGAUGUUCGACGUCGGUACUACGAGAAAUGUAGCUAUAAUAGUAGUUUUAGUCCUCCUCAUAGUCAUUCUUCUAGGUAUCUUUUAGGUGAGUCCAAAUUUUUGGACUCACUUUCUGAGUCUAAGAAAAAUGAUACUAAUUAUAGUAAGGUUAAGAAUGAAUAUGAUGCUUGGGCUUUGAUUCCUAGUACUCCUGUAGUGAUCGAUGAAUCUCAUGAAAAGAAGAGUUUUGGAUCAAUGUUGGAUGCUGAAAAAGAAAAUAAGAUUAGUAAAAGAUUAGCUCUUGUUAAUCCUAAUGAUCAAAGGGUAAUUAAGUCGAGUAAUUAUGAUGAUGGUUUUUGUCAGAAGCAAAAGAGUAUUGGGUAUUGUAAGAAUGAUUCUCUUGUUUUGAAGAAUUCUUCUGGAGGUCGAUCUCGCGACCAGGUUGUGGUGUUGAGGGUAUCAUUGCAUUGCAGAGGUUGUGAAGGCAAGCUUAGGAAACAUCUCUCCAAAAUGGAAGGAGUGACAUCAUUUAGCAUAGAUUUGGACACCAAAAAAGUGACGGUAAUAGGAAAUGUUACACCAUUAAGUGUAUUAACAAGUAUUUCCAAGGUAAAAAACGCGCAGUUUUGGCCAUCAACAGCAUUAAACUCGCCAUCAUCAUCUUCUUCAUCAUCAAAUUCUUCAACACUGGAUUUUAACUAAUUAAUGUAAAUUUAAACUGUUAGUUUGAAGCAGUUUUAACAUUAAGUUUUAAUUUGUGAAUUAAGUAUUAAGUCUUCUUAUCUAAGUUGCUUUUAUUUCCUAUUUUUUUUGUGUGGUAAUAGUACUACUAUUGUGUACUGUAAAUUACAAUCUAGCUAUUUUGAAAGUGUGUUGGAUAUAUCAUAUAUUGAUAUGUA